CCGGUAGUCACGUGUUGUCUCUUCGUUCUUUUCCGGCAUCCUUUCGCGUCGUGUCCGCACAGUUAUCAACAGUCUUGCUACUAUGUUCCGUACAGCGCUCCGGCUUUCGGCCACAGGAGCCCGGACCUUGACGACCCGGUUCCAACCCCGCCAUGCAGCGCCGUUGGCUUCGAGAUGUUAUUCCCAUGCCAAAGUGGAGACGGACGAGGAGUUUGACGCCCGCUGGGUCACCUACUUCAACAAGCCCGACAUCGAUGCGUGGGAGCUGAAGAAAGGCAUGAACACCUUAAUUGGGUACGACCUGGUACCUGAGGCCAAGAUCCUAGACUCGGCACUCAGGGCGUGCCGGAGACUCGACGAUCUCGCCAGUGCCAUCCGCAUCCUGGAGGCUGUCAAAGACAAAGCGGGCCCUCACAAAGACAUUUACCCAUACUUGAUCCAGGAACUGCAGCCCACGCUGGCAGAACUUGGCAUCUCCACGCCAGAAGAACUCGGCAUUGACAAGCUUUAACAGGCAAAGUUAGACAUCAAUGUGUCUGUCGGGCACCCGUGGUUCUGCCCGUACUUGUUCAUGCCACUGCACAAAUGGGUUAUUCCUCAAUAGAAAUUUUAUUUUUUUCCCACCCUAAGGUGCUUGGAGGGAUAAACUCUCUUGUCAAAAAUGUCUAAUAGUGUUGAUUGAUCCUAUACUGUCCUAAUAUGUACAAAAUGGUUAACUGAAUAAACAAAUGCAGAACGUU